CAAAGCAGUGUUGAUCAAGUUCAGUAAACAGUGCUCAAAAGAGAGGAACCCUCAAAUAAAUAAACGAAAACAUAAACAAAACCAUGAAUCCCUUGACGAACAUGAAAAAUGUGCUCAAACUGAGCGAACACGAGCUUCAGCAUGGAGGAAAAAAGAGCUGGCACGAUAUGUACCGGGACUCGGCCUGGAUCUUCGUUGCAGGAUUCCCAUACACGCUCACAGAGGGGGAUCUGAUUUGUGUCUUCUCCCAGUACGGUGAAGUGGUCAACAUCAACCUGGUGCGGGAUUCCAAGACGGGAAAGUCUAAGGGCUUUUGUUUCCUGUGUUAUGAGGACCAGCGCUCCACAGUCCUGGCGGUGGACAACCUGAACGGUAUCAAGAUCAUAGACAGGACUCUUCGAGUGGACCAUGUGGCAGACUACAAACCGCCUAAAGAGAAUGAGAAGAUGGACGAGGAGACACUCCGUCUCUAUAUGGAAGGAUGCGCGCCAAAGCCACAGCUUCAACACAUCAAGUCAGAGAAAACAGAUUCCAAAAAGAAGAACAGAUGAUAGCCAAUAGUUU